AUGAGUGAAGAAAAUUAAUUGAAUGCUGAUAAAAACUUAAACAGAAAUAAUCUUGAGAAAAUAAUAAAGUUAGAUAAAAAGAAUGGGAAUUUUGAUAUUUAUGAUAAAUAUUCUAAGUAUGUUCAAUUUUCAAUACAAAUAGACGGAAACUAAAAAUAAGAACGUCUUAGAAUAAUUCACACAUCAACAGUUCAUAUUAAAAUGAAUAUAUUUUGUGUUAUUUUUGGAGACACAUUAAUUAAGUAUACUUCAAAAAAAUUGAUGAACCUGAAUAAGAGCGACUUGAUUAUCUUAAGGCCAUGAAUGAAGAUAUCUUACACACUGAAUUUCCUGUGAAACAUGCAGAUUAUAAGUUUUAUUAAGCAAGAUAAAUCUUAAAUAAGUAGUAUUUGAAAUCAGAAAAUUCUACUUAUUAGGAAAACAUUUUAAAACAUAUUAGAUUAAGUGGACUCAUUCACAAAGCUAAGGAUUUAAAAAUACCUUAAAUUGAUAAAAUAUAUUAUAUGAAAUAGAAAUCUAUGGUCAAAUUUAAAUAAUAAAAUAUUAGGUAUUAUUUUAUUAAUAAAAGUUCGUUAAUUUAAGAAAAUAUUUAAUUAGAUAAACUAUUAGAUAAAUUGAAUGAACAAAUAGAAUUAAGAACUGGUUAAAAAGAUGAAAUAUUUUAAUAAUUAUAAGAGUAUUCUUCAGAAUUAUAACUAAUCAACAAAUAAAAUAAAAAAGAUUUAUAAAAUUUAAAUUAAAAAAUUAAAUCAGAAUAACCAUUAAAUGUCUUUGGUACAUAGGUAAAUAUAUAUAAGUAAGCACGUAAUAAUAAUAAUGGAUUGAAUAAAAACAAAAUUAUAUAUAAUAAUGAAGCCUUACUAACUUAUUUAAGAAAAAGUUUAUAAUAAUUAGAUUAUAGAUAAACUGCUGAAUCUAUUGUUAAAGUAAUAAAUUCAACUCAUUCUAUUAAUGGCUAUACAUUUUGUGUAGUAUUUGAAUAAGCAUUAAAUUCAAAUAAUGUUAAUAUUGAAGAAGACUUAAUGUAUGAAUUAGAUAAGUUAAGAGAUACAUCAUUAUUUAAAUUUUAUAAUAUUCCAUAAAAAACUAAGUAUUCUCAUAUUGCUUAAAAUGUAAUUAAAUAUAUAAAUAUAUUAAAGUUCAUUGGGAUAAACUAAGUAUAAUAUAAUAGAUAGAAACCAAAUCCUUUAAUAAACAAAAAUCUUACAAAAGAAUCUAAAAUAUCAUCUUAAAAUGAGAAUGAUUCCAAUUUAUUAAAUUAUGAGGCUUGUCAUCAUUGUAAAAUGUUAUUUAGGCAAGAAUAUUUAAUAUCUUGUAAUUAUAAAAGUAGUACUAUGGGAUUACCAAUAAUAAAUUCAUCAAUAACUGAUUCUUAUUUAUUCUCAUAAAGUAUUAAUUUUAAUCAAUAAUUUAAGUGGAUGACGAAGGUAUAACUAAUAGAAGAUAAGUACCAAACAGAAAAAAGACAGCCUAUAGUAUAUAUUCAAAGAAAAGUAUCAUAUUUAUUAAAUAAUUAUUAAGAUGGUGAAUUAAUUUGUCAAAGGUAAUUCUGUAGAAUGUGUUUGAAAUAGAAUUAUGAUAUUAAAAUUGAAGAAGUUGCUUAGAAAACUGAUUGGGUAUGUCCUUUUUGUUAAGUAUAUCUUUAUUAAAAUAUAAAUAGGCAAUUUGUUUUUGUUCAAGAUGCUAAAGAAAUGAUAUUAUGAUUAAAUUGAAAGAUCUGUUUACAAUUUGUGGUGGAGAUCUUGAAUAAUUAACCAAAGAUUCAAUUUUUGAGAAAUAUGUUAGACCAUUAACUGAAGAAUAAAUAUAUAAACGAAAGCCAAGUCAAUUAUAAGUAAAUUUUGUAUUUAUGUUAUAGAGAACUGGUUACUCUAUUGUAAAAUAGUAAUUGAGUCACUUUAGAGAUAUGUAAACUAUAAGGCUUGAUUUUGAAAAUCUAAGAUUAUUAUGUUCUUAAAUAUUAAGAAGAGAGAAAAUGAAAUGGAAAUUAUUAGAAUAAGAUAUUCUUAUGUGGAAUGAGGAUAUCAAAUCAAAUUAAAUCAAGAAUAAUAAAAAAAAUGAAAAGAUUAAUAAGUUAAAAUCAAAAACUAAGCAAAUCACUAAGAAAAUAUAGAAGUAUAUUCUCUAUAUAUCUAAUAAGAUAGGAGAUUAAUUAAUUUUAAGAAUGUUCACCUUCAUCUUCAUCUAGCAGUAGUGAGUAUUUCUAAAGCAAUGAAUAUGAAUCUGUAGAAAAUCUAAACUAAAUUGACAAGAAGAAAUAAAUAACUAAAUCGAAAAUGAAUAUAAAAUCUAAUUAAAAAUAGAAAACAUAGAAAUAACAACCAAUAAAUUAGAUAUAAUAGAAUUAUAAGUCUUUUCCAGCUAAAAAUCUCAAAAGAGAAGUUGCCUAUCUUUUAUAAUAUCAGGAUACUGAUACUUACAGUUUAAUUCUUAAAAAAAUCAAAUAAGAUCAAACAAAGAACUCAUGCAGGAAAUGA